UUCACAUGAGGCUCCCAUGCUGAUCUGAUCUAAUCUGUGAAUCCACAAUGUGAUGUUUUACUGAUAAUUCCCACUGAAAGUUACAGCAGUAGCUUCAUAGAUCAUUUCAAUAUAGUAGAAGUGACAUCUGAGAUGAAUCAUUUCCUGUUCUGAGCUGUUUGUGUCUGCUCCUCCAGCAACAUGUGGAAUAUGUAGAUGUGAAACUCGCAGCACACCUCAUUAAGCAAACCUCAACUGAGCAGAAGCACGCUGUGUAUAGAACUGUGACAGGGUAGGAAUUGUGAGACAUGAUGUGGAUUGCUUUUUGUCUAAUCACACUCGUCGGCUUUCCUACAUCCCAAGCUGGUGGUCGUGGAUCACCUAACCAAAAGGAAAGCAAAACCCCUGAAGGUUCUGUGAUCCCAGGUCCAGGGGAAGCUACUACAGCUAUAAAACCAACAGUCUCUCAGUACUUCUGUGACAAUCUCAUCGAUGACUGUCAAAAGAGUGGUGCCGGUUGGACCAGAUGUUAUGAGGACAGAGUUGCCACCUGUGAGCUCAGAAGGGGACUUCGUCAUAUAAGCUUCAUACGUGAUUUUGUGAACUCAUCACUGGAGUGUGAAGCUGGACCGGAACCUCAAUAUGGAGUUCACAUCCCAUCAUCAGCUCUCAAGAAAAGCAAAGGACGUGUGGCCGGUGACAAGGUCCUGGUGGUUACCACGGUAAUCAACAGCACUUAUUUUAAGCUGACACCUCCCCCCCGGAGAAGAGGAGUGGAAAUACGGCCCCAGCCUGUUCACAUACCAGGCACUGUUUUGGGGGAGUCAGUCCUGAUGGUGAGAGCAGGAUACUCUCCAGUCAGGAACCUCUCACAGCCCAUCAGGUUAAUCUUCAGACAUGAUGAACCGGUUGGAAAUGGAACUUGUGUGUUUUGGCAGGAGUCAGAGCAAGAUGAUGGAACAGGCCACUGGAGCACAGACGGUUGUGACACCAAUCACACCGGAUCGGAAUUUAUUUGCAGCUGCAGCCACCUGAGCUUCUUUGCUGUGCUUGUGAACCCAGUGUUAACUGUGGAUAAAAAGAAUGCUGUGUAUCUUAACUAUAUCGCCUACGUUGGAUCAGCUCUUUCCAUCAUCUUUACAUUCAUCAGCUUGAUCAUCUAUAUUUGUCUACAUCGGCGACGUCCUGAGAAGGCCAUCAGUGUGCAUAUGCAGCUCACUGGGGCGUUGCUCUGCCUCCACAUCAGCUUCCUGCUAUGCUGUUUCUGGGUUCGGCUGCUUAGUGAGAAUGACGACAGCGUGGUUUGUCAGAUCCUGGGUUUCUUUUUACACUGGUCUGUGCUGGCCACUUUCAGCUGGACUGCUCUGGAAGGGUUUCACCUCUACCUUCUCCUCAUCCGAGUCUUUAACAUCUACGUCAGGAGAUACCUGCUCAAACUCAGCUUGGUGGGAUGGGGUCUUCCUACACUGGUUGCAGUGGUUUGUGGGAUUUCAGGAGUUUAUGGCAAAUACAGUCUAGAAUUUAAGGAUGAAGGCAACCAGACUUCAAAAAUACACAUGUGCUGGAUGAGCAGCGAAUUCAAACAGCAGGCAGUUUUAGUCAGUUUCAUCACCACUGUGGCCUUCCCCUGCCUGGUGAUACUGUGUAAUUCCUGCAUGAUGGGGCUGGUGGUGUUUAAGCUCUGGGGGCUAAGAGAAGGUAUCGGAGGCUAUAAAAGCAGCAGUGACUGGAAGAAGACGAGCAAAGAGAAACGGAGCAAGUUAUGGAAGGACGGCGCCACACUGCUGGGCCUCAGCUGUGUGAUGGGCCUAACUUGGGGCUUGGCCAGCACCACAUACAUUACAUACAUUUCCCUUCCUGGGUUGUAUGUAUUCACAAUCUUGAACUCCCUGCAAGGUGUAUUUAUUUUCCUGUGGUCUGUGGCUUUGAUCUGCAAGUCUCGGUCUGACAAUAACUCAUCAGUCAGACACCCUUCCACUCAGAAAAUGAUGACAACAAGUUUCAGUAACUGAAUCUAUAGCAGUGAAAAUGUACUAUUUGUUACCUCUAUUAGGUCUUAACUGACCUUUCAGUCAUAAGCAGUAGCUGUAAGGAACAAUAAUUUGAUUUCCUGAUGCUUUGCUACCUCAUUUUUUCCAAGUGUUAAAUAGGCAACUGGGCAUCAUGAAUAAUAUCCUUGUCAAUAAUUUCCAACCUGUGCAAUUAUGAUUGAUAUGAUUUGAGUAAUUUUAGAUAAGCAAAGAUUCUCCUGAAUAAAUUAAAUAUGUUAACUUUCAUUGA